GUCACGCGACUCCUGAUCUUUACACUUGUCCAGUGCAGCGAUCAAUUAUACAAACUGCACCCAGGUGACCAUAUAAGAUCCGCGCACCGACGUUGACACAUGAACAAACAACACAGAGAAAUCAGCUUGUCUGUGGGUGGACAUUGGUUACCCACGUGACUUGAGACAGCCUUGACAAAAUGCGGGAUAAUGAAGACAUUUUAAUUAAAGAUUCUCGAGUAAGAGUCUGCACCCUCGGCUAAAAAAAGCCAAUCAGCAAGAUCUGUCCAACCUAUUCGAAGUGCACAAGGUGUAGAAGGUUCAUACGACGAAGCGAGCAUUGACAUAAUCAGGCUUAUCUCUAGUCGAGACGCGCGAGGAGUCAGCAAUAAUGAUGAUACGCCCGGUUGGGGAACGUCCGGCAAUGACAGUCAACAGAUGAUCGCGAACCAGCUGGAUAUAUCUAUGUAUGUACGAGCCACACAAUCAAAUAUGGAAAGUCUAGAACGCUGCGUGAAGUCGUUGGAGGAGAAUGAGAAUGACGUGCGAGAGGAAGCACGGAAAGCGUUGUUGAACAUCUGUCAAAAUGUCCUGAAGUCGCCGAACGAUGACAAGUCACGCGAGGUACGUCUGGAUGACGAGAUGGUCGUUGAAAAACUCCUGCCGGCUGUCGGCGCCAUGGAAUGUCUGUUCGAUGUCGGUUACGUCGAGGAUGGAGAACGUAUAUUCUUGCCACACAACACAUCUCUUUCAAGACUCCAAAGUUUGUUGAAACUAUUGUCCACUGUGUCAGAGAGCAAACCUGCAAGACUUGCAACUAGAGUCAUUGAGGAACAAAGUUCUGCAAUGCAGAAAGAAUUCUUCAAAAGAAUUUCUGAAUAUUUUCAUGGUGUUAUGCAUUACGAAGAUCCAGAUUUACAAAGAAAGGCUAGAAGUGUUAUACCAAUUGUGCAAUUAGAAAUUGCAGCCAUGACAAAGAUGAGAGACUUACAAAAGGCUCAUAAAUUUAACAAUGCAACAGAAGCUACCUCUUCGACUCAAUUUGAGGCAGAAUUGAUUGCUAAAGAUUUAUUGCUUGUUGAGCUUCUACACUGGUUUAAGAGUGAUUUUUUUAAAUGGGUUAACAGUCCAAAAUGUUCAAUAUGUUCUGCUGAAUGUGUAUAUGAAAGCGUAGUACCAUCCACAAAUCGUCGUUGCUCAAGGAUAGAGUUGCACAAAUGUAAAAAAUGCAAUGUAAUCGUCGAGUUCCCUCGUUAUUCGCAUCCAGAGCUACUAUUGACGCUCAGACGAGGUCGCUGUGGAGAAUGGGCCAAUGUGUUCACACUUUUAUGUCGUUCAUUGGGCUAUGAUGCACGAUUUAUAUGUGAUGAGACAGAUCACGUUUGGACAGAGAUAUGGUCGGCAUCGAGCAAAAGAUGGACUCACGUAGAUCCAUGUGAGAAUGUGAUAGACAAGCCAUUAAUGUAUGAGAAGGGAUGGAAAAAGAAGUUAACGUAUAUAAUAGCCUAUUCCAAGGAUGAGGUGCAAGAUGUCACGUGGCGUUACACGCGGAAUCAAGAAGCCGUUAUGAAAAGGCGAAAAACUUGUACGGAACAGAGCUUAAGGCAAUUUCUGCAAUCGUUGAACGAUCAACGACAAAAUUCGCCCAAUUACAGCUGUGCGCGCAGAGAAUAUGUCGUCAAGCGGAAUUUAUUGGAGCUUGCUGAUAUGCUGUACAUUCCAGGUUUACAAAAUGAGAAUUCCGACGAAACUUACGAAGGGCGAACUUCGGGUUCCGUUGCGUGGAGAUUAGCACGAGGCGAAAUCACGCAGGCCAAUAUAGAAAAAGGUUACAUUUGGGAUAUUUCUAAAUAUGGACAGACGUUUGAACUGCAGUAUAAUAUCGUUAAAGAUAUGUACCAUGUACACAAUGAUGGUACAAUUUUAGAGCAAAUAUCUGGAUGGCAAGAAGGAAUAAAUAUUAUGGAUGGUGGAGUCUUUCGUAAAGAGGAGCAUGAUUGGAAGAUGGUUUAUUUAGCACGAUCUCCACAAGCACAAUAUGGAUAUAUUAAAUGGUCUUUCAAAAUUACAAAUUCCGAAUUGUAUAUAGAAAUGUUUAAUUUAAAAGCUAAAUCAGAAGUAUUUCAUGGAGCUAAUGUAUCCUGGAAGAUAGAAGCUCUUUUUAAUGACGACAAAAUGAUUGUUAUACCUAUUUCCAAUUGCAACAGUUUCUGUACAAAAGAAGUGCAGAAAGCUGUAAGAUUAGAUAUAAUUGUGACCUUGUCCGGUGGACAAGAUCAAAUUGCCUGGCAACACGCUCAAUUAUUUCGACAAAGUCUAGAGAGUAUCGAGGAAGCAUCUAUGAUAAUUAGUAUUCAAUUGAAAAAUUGUGGCACAAAAAAAUGAUUCUUGCAAGUCGUAUGGUUAGUGAUUGAAUUUUUGUAGACUAAAUUAUUUAAAAAUUUCUCUUUAGUUGAAUU